AUGACGUCCUCGUCAUGCGACCUUACAACUGGUCCCAAACCUUCUCCCCUUGGGGGCUGCCAUCCUAGAAGCCUGCCAGAAGCCGCUCCUUGUACAGGCCCUCAAGCCCCGGCGCCACUCCCCGCCCUCAUCGGACCGCUUUCGCCAAGGGUCGGCUCUGAUACCACCUGUAACAUCCCACAUCGAGCGAUAGAAAGAACCGGAACAACUUACCCUGAUGGGCCUACACGAACUUCCCAGGGGGGUCACCCAUCCCUGGAUUACCCCAGGUCAAGCACGCUUAACUUGGGAGUUCUUUGCCAACAUUCAGCCCAAAAGGGUAAGUUGUUCCGGUCCUUCCUAUCGCUCGAACAGGAUGUUACAGGUGGUAUCAGAGCCGACCCUUGGCGAAAGCGGUCCGAUGAGGGCGGGGAGUGGCGCCGGGGCUUGAGGGCCUGUACAAGGAGCGGCUUCUGGCAGGCUUCUAGGAUGGCAGCCCCCAAUGGGAGAAGGUCUGGGACCAGUUGUAAGGUCGCAUGACGAGAACGUCAUGUGCUCAAGGGGGGGAGAAUGUAAUACCCCGAGAGCCCAGAGAAGUUAGAAUAUA